AUGCGCACCGGCACCUCUGCCCGCGCGCCCUUCACGCACGGUGUUUCUGGCCGAGCCAUCAAGACGCGCGUCAAGUCGAAUCUCGGUCAGCCCUACGCGCAACGCUUCUACAACAACCUGUGGACGUACCGCGUGGCGCAGCUCACCACGUCGAACGUGCGCAGCAUGAAGAAAGCCCGCAUUGCCGUGGGCUUCGACAGCGGCGUCGGUGGUGGACACAGUGGCGGCGCAUCCUCGCAGGAUGGCAACGACGGCAGCAGCGGUGGCGCAGAGCUGCCAGUGAAGAGCGACCUGCAGCCACACGCUCUUCACAAGUUCACCGGCGAGGAGGACUGGUCCACCGUCAUUGCGGUGCCGAAGAGCUCCGAGCAUGUGCGCAACCUACAGGACUGCGCUAAGGGCAGCCUCAUGAUCGGUCACACAGACCCGCAGUUGUUUCACUGGUUCAAGGAGCUUGGUGCCCUGCCGCCGCGCUCGCUGCUGUCGGGGUCGAUGGAGCUGCUGCGCGGUGACUUGCAGGCGGAGGCGUGGGAGCGGACGUUCUCGCGCCAUCCGGUAAUCCACCGCAUUGCGCAAGACAUGUGGGAAAGUGACGAGAGUAAGACAACCGAGGAGGCCGUGCACAUCGCCAAGCGAGAGCAAGAGGAGGAUGAGAAGCGCAUGCGCCGCAUGAGCAGCAGCGACUGGCGCGCCAAGUUCCGCGACCGCGAGCGCAACCCAACGCCUGCAGAGGACGAGGAGGCGCCGGUGUACGUGAUCAAGCCGGAAACCUUCUCGCUCUUCCGCAUAAAGCCGGAUGUGCGGCUGUGGAUGAACAUUGCAGGGCAGACGCAGCGGGUAUGGGAUCCGGUGGUGCCCGACCCCGACCCGCUCUGUCGGUGCUCCCACCGCUUCAUCCGCAUGCUGAACCUGGGGCGGCAGAAGUUGGUGCCAUCGCUGAACAUGAACUACUCCCUGAAGCUGACGAACGCCUUCAUCUUUGAGAUCGACGACCACGGGAUGUGGGCGAUGGGCACGCAGGAGAACUUAGCGGACAAGAACGGCGUUGUGAGGGAAGAGUGGAUGGAGUUGCGGCUUCACUUUGGCAAGAAUCAGGCUAUCACGACAGAGCAGGAGAUGGAGUGGUGGGUGCGCGGGCUGACGAAGCUAGGUGCGCCGGAGUUGUCGCAGACGAACAGCAGCGUGGAAGAUGCCGGCUUGAACCCCGAGGACUUCGAAUAUCGACAUAUUUGA